AUGGAGACCCAAGCGAACCGGCCUCAUCGGCCCUCGAAAGAGAAGAAGAAGCCGAAGAAGGGAGAAAAGAACGUGAAGGCGUUUGCAGUGGCCAAUCCUGGUCGACUCGCAAAGCAAGCCGUUCGAUCGAGCGAUAUUCGAGAAAAACGACUCCAUGUGCCCCAGGUCGAUCGACUCCCUGAAGAAGCGCCUCCGAUCGUCGUCGCCGUCGUUGGGCCCCCAGGCGUCGGGAAGACCACCCUCAUCAAGAGCCUCAUCAAGCGAUAUACGAAACAGACACUUUCGCACCCGAGCGGCCCUCUUACCGUUGUGACCUCGAAGCGGAGGCGCCUUACUUUCCUCGAAUGUCCGGCCGACUCCCUCGCAGCGAUGAUCGAUGUGGCGAAGAUAGCAGACAUCGUUCUGCUUAUGAUUGACGGCAACUACGGCUUCGAGAUGGAGACUAUGGAAUUUCUGAACGCGCUCAGUGUCUCGGGUAUGCCGGGGAAUGUCUUUGGUAUUCUCACGCACUUGGAUCUAUUCAAGAAGCAGAGCACUCUCCGUGCGACGAAGAAGAGGUUGAAACACAGAUUCUGGUCGGAGUUGUACCAUGGCGCGAAGUUGUUCUACCUGUCUGGUGUGAUCAAUGGUCGGUACCCGGACAGAGAGAUACACAACCUGUCACGUUUUCUUUCGGUCAUGAAGAAUCCCAGACCCCUAGUAUGGCGAAACAGCCACCCAUACUGUCUGGCAGACCGGUUCUUGGAUGUUACGCCACCGACCGAAAUCGAAGAGAACGAGAAGUGUGACAGGCAAGUGGCAUUAUACGGAUAUCUUCGAGGCACAAAUUUCCCUGCUGAGGGCGCGCGUGUGCACGUUCCUGGUGUUGGUGACCUGACCGUGAAGGAGAUCGAGGCCCUUCCUGAUCCGUGUCCCACGCCUUUCCUCGACCAAGCCAUUGCCAAAGCGUCUGGAAAGGCCCACCGCCGCAAGCUCGGGGAGAAACAAAAGGUUCUCUUCGCGCCCAUGUCGGAUGUUGGCGGAGUGCUUGUAGACAAAGAUGCUGUCUACAUCGACGUUAAAACUAAUACGUUCGACCGUGCUGCAGGCGAUGCUGAAGACAGGGGUUUGGGCGAACAGCUCAUGAUGAGCUUGCAGGCGGAACGACGCCUUCUCGGCGAAGCAGAUGGGGGCGUGCGGCUGUUCCAUGGCAGUCAGCAACUCACAGCAAAUGUUGAAGCGGAGCACGACACUGGCCGCAAAUUCAGGAGGGGAGUGCGCUCGUUUGCUCAAUCCGAAGAUACUACCGAAGUCAAUGGUGACGACGAAGACGAAGAGUUCGUCAGUGGAGAGGACGACGAAGAUGACCUAGAAGACGGUGAACAGAGCGACGAAUUUCCCGAGCAUAGCGGCCGCCCGGGUUUUGCAGCCAAAGAGGACCUCGAUGACGACGUCUCUGGAGACCGCGUUGCGUUUGCCGAGAGCGACUCGGAUAUGGGUUCUGUGUCAGAAAGAGACGAAACAGGUGCAGAUCUCUCUGCUGAUGAAUCUGAGGACGAAGAUGAUGAAGACGGCGGAGACGACAGCGGCUUGCGAUGGAAGGAACACCUUGCGGAGGACGCUCGGAAGAUGCAUUCCACUAAGGUCGCGUUUCGAGCUGCUGACCUCUCGAGGCUCAUGUACGAUUUGACCAUUUCACCUGCCGAGGUAAUCUCGAGAUGGGCCGGAGAAAAGCAUGGUGAUAUUAAGUCACUGAAUGGGGAUGACGACGACAAUUUCUUCAACAAAGCAAAGAGCGACCAAGACACAAAUCUGGAGGAUCGACAGACGCCCAAAUUCGACUAUGAUCAGUUGGCCGAGAAAUGGGAGGACGAAGAGAAGAUUCAGGCGCUCAUACCUCGGUUCACGAGAGGCUCGAUUGCCACUGGUGCAAACGCAGAGUCGGACGUUGAUGGCGAAGGAGCUGAAGAUGAUGGAGAUGACGAUUUCGACGAAGGCGAUGGCGAUUUCGAAGAUCUGGAAACAACAGCUGAAGAUAACCCUGUCUCAGAAGCCGAACUUACCCUUGAAGAAGAACGUGACAAAAAUGCCAGACGGAAAGAAGAGCUCAAAUUGCGCUUCGAAGAAGAAGACCGAGAAGGUUUCGCGAACGCCACCAAGAACGAAGUGAAGGCGGCAGAGCAUGAGUUUGGAGAAGACGAGUGGUACGAAGCGCAGAAAGCGAUGCUUCAGAAGCAGCUCGAUAUCAACAAAGCAGAAUUUGAGAGCCUCGACCCCGUCGGACGAGCACGCGCCGAGGGAUUCAGGGCAGGAACUUAUGCACGGAUAGUGCUCGAGAAAGUGCCUUACGAAUUUGUUCGGUCUUUCAACCCCAAGCUACCGGUCAUCGUCGGCGGCCUGGCGCCGACGGAAGAUCGAUUUGGCUUUGUGCAGGUGAGGAUCAAGCGACAUCGAUGGCACAAGAAGAUCCUCAAGACCAACGAUCCCCUCAUUUUCUCUCUGGGAUGGCGACGCUUCCAGACCGUGCCUCUCUACUCGAUAUCAGACUCGCGGACACGCAACCGCAUGCUGAAGUAUACGCCUGAGCACAUGCACUGCUUUGGUACCUUCUGGGGACCACUUGUUGCUCCUAAUACGGGCUUCUGCUGUGUCCAGUCGUUCUCAAACGAAAAUCCUGGAUUUCGCAUAGCGGCGACAGGCGUGGUGUUGAACGUGGACGAGACAACUGAAAUCGUGAAGAAGUUGAAGCUCACGGGACAUCCAUACAAGAUCUUUCGCAACACGGCAUUCAUUCGCGAUAUGUUCAACUCGUCGAUUGAGAUCGCCAAAUUCGAGGGCGCUAGCAUUAGGACGGUGUCCGGCAUUCGUGGACAGAUCAAGCGAGCUUUGAGCAAACCGGAGGGGCACUUUCGCGCAACAUUUGAGGACAAGAUCCUCAUGUCCGACAUCGUCUUCUUGCGAACAUGGUAUCCCGUCAAGCCACAUCGGUUCUACAAUCCCGUGACGAAUCUGCUAGACGCGCCUUCCACUGGCGAUGCAGCCGCGGGCGAAGUCGACGGCCGCCAACGAGUGGAUGAUGGGUCUAGUGGGUGGCAGGCAAUGCGCCUUACUGGAGCGGUCCGAGCAGCUAUGGGCAUACCGACGCCACUAGUCAAGGACUCUGCUUACCGCAAGAUCGAACGACCAACUCGACACUUCAACCCAUUGCGCGUCCCACGGACUUUGGCGGCAGACCUUCCUUUCAAGUCGCAAAUCAUCCAGCAAAAGGCGCGCAAAGCGCCCACUUAUCUCCAGAAGCGGGCGGUGGUGCUCGGCGGCGAGGAGAAGAGAGCACGAGAUCUCAUGCAGAAGCUGCAGACCUUGAGGAACGAGAAGGAGGAAAAGCGGGCCAAGAAACAGGAAGAGAGGCGGUCGGUCUACCGGAAGAAGGUGGCCGAGAAUCUCGAGAAAAAGGAAGAGCGGGAGAAGAGAGAACGGGAUGAGUUCUGGCGGAAAGAAGGACGCAAGCGCAAGACGAACGACGAGGGCGGUGGAGGGAAGCGCAGGAAACGAUAG